ACUGUCACAGCGUUCCGGUCCGGCCGAGCGAAUAUAUAGUGAAGUCGGUGCCGCUGGUAGGAGGCAUUGUUGACAUUUCGUCUUUGACAGUCGACUGGAAACCCCUCUCCUUCGUGAAACAUUUUCAGUCGCCCACAAAGCGCAGUACGGACUCCCUGUUGGCUGUCCAGGCGGAGGGAGGAAAGGAAGAAAUAAGCUAGCGGAGACGUCAUUUGAGGGUUUUUCUUCGAGUAGCCGGAUCUGAGGGGAAGCAGAGCAGACCCUGAUUGGAGAGGGAAUCACGACCACAGUUCCAGCCACACAGACUGCCCUCGCCUAGAUCAUGCAGCCCUCGGUUCUUCUUCUCCUCUCCUCAAUCUUCCUUCUGUCUCUCCUCAUCCCCACUUGCUUCUCCCAGAGUGAGGCUGACUUCAUUGUUCAGACACGUACUGGUCUAGUUCGAGGCAUUCGCCAGCCAGUUCCAGACCGGAACUAUGUCACAGCUUUCCUGGGCAUCCCCUUCGCUGAGCCACCGGUAGGGAGGCGGCGUUUCCGUCCUGCUGAGCCCAAGCGUCAGUGGAGUGGGGUGUACGAUGCUAACGCCUACCCCAAUGCCUGCUACCAGUUGGUGGACACAUCGUUUCCUGGCUUCCAGGGCAGCGAGAUGUGGAAUCCUAACAGAGAAAUGAGUGAGGACUGCUUGUACCUCAAUGUCUGGGUGCCCUCCUCGCCCAGACCCCACAAUCUCACCGUCAUGGUGUGGAUCUACGGUGGAGGGUUCUACAGUGGCUCUUCUUCUCUGGACGUAUAUGAUGGUCGUUAUCUAGCUCACAGUGAGACAGUCAUUGUGGUUUCAAUGAACUACCGGAUUGGUGCCUUUGGCUUUCUUGCUCUGCAUGGCUCCUCUGAGGCUCCUGGCAAUGUGGGUCUGCUGGACCAGAGGAUGGCACUACAGUGGGUCCAAGACAACAUACAUUUCUUUGGUGGAAACCCCAAACAGGUGACUAUAUUUGGUGAGAGUGCUGGUGGUGCUUCAGUAGGAUUUCACCUAUUGUCUCCAGACAGUUGGCCUACUUUCACAAGAGCCAUCCUCCAGAGUGGGGUCCCCAACUGUCCAUGGGCAUCAGUCACCCCCGCUGAGGCCCGUAGACGUGCCACACAGCUCGGCACGAUGGUUGGGUGUAAAGAAGACAACGACACUGUGCUUGUAGACUGUUUGCGCAGCAAAACUCCACAGGAGUUAAUUGACCAGGAAUGGAAGGUUCUGCCAUGGUUUGCCCUCUUCCGGUUUUCAUUUGUGCCCGUUGUGGAUGGUGAGGUUGUGCCCGACACACCUGAGGCAAUGCUCAACUCAGGCAACUUUAAAGAUACUCAAAUCCUCCUUGGGGUCAACCAGGAUGAGGGCUCCUUCUUCUUGGUGUACGGAGCGCCAGGCUUCAGCAAGGACAAUGAGAGUCUAAUCUCCAGAGAGGACUUCGUUGAAGGUGUGAAGCUGAGCGUACCGCACGCUAAUGAUAUUGGCGUGGAGGCAGUGUUGCUGCAAUAUACUGACUGGAUGGAUGAGAAUAACGGAUUGAAAAACCGUGAUGCCAUGGAUGACAUUGUGGGCGACCACAAUGUUAUCUGCCCACUGGCCCACUUUGCUCGCUCCUAUGCCCAACACAACACCCUCAAAGCUAACAUGGGAGGACCUGGCUUCGGGAUGAUAAACAGCGGAGGAAACUCACAAGGUGGGAUAUACCUCUACCUUUUUGACCACCGAUCGUCCAACCUGGCCUGGCCAGAGUGGAUGGGUGUGAUCCAUGGCUACGAGAUUGAGUAUGUCUUUGGUCUGCCGCUGGAGAAGAGACUCAACUACACCCAAGAGGAGGAGAAACUGAGCCGACGAAUGAUGAGAUAUUGGGCCAACUUUGCACGGACUGGAAAUCCAAAUGAAGGGCUGGCAGACAGAGGGAAACGCUGGCCUGUGUUCACUAUCAGCGAACAGAAACAUGUGGGACUCAACACCGAACCACUGAAGAUCCACAAAGGUUUGCGGAACCAGAUGUGUGCUUUCUGGAACCGUUUCCUGCCACGCCUCCUCAACAUCACUGACAACAUAGAUGAGGCAGAGCGUCAGUGGAAGGUGGAGUUUCACCGCUGGUCUUCCUACAUGAUGCACUGGAAGAGUCAGUUUGACCACUACAGCAAGCAGGAGCGCUGCACUGACCUCUGAGAGCUUCAGCAGAGAGAUGAGAAUAAUGACAGGGAUGGGGAAGGCAGAAAGAACAAGCUGUGGCCAUUUUCCUCCAUAGCCCCUCAGUGAAGUCUGACUUCUUUUUGUUUUGUUUUUUGUUUCACAACACAUGUAAACACAGGCACUGUCGAUCUUUAUUUAUAUAAUUUAUACUAUUUAUUGAUGUGUUGGGGUUUUUUUUGGAAUUUGUGUCUGUGUGGAAAUUAAGGGCUAUGGAGGGAACUUGCCAUCAGCAUCGAGGAGUAUUAGAAAUGUCAGAGAUGUGUCAUUACCUCGGGUGUGUGUGUAUGUAUGUGUGUGUGUACGUAUGUUUGUGGCUUGGAAGCCCCACAGUGUAACUCAGACCUUAAUCGGCCCAUGACACUGCACCACUGCUGGUUGAUUGUAAAAUCACUUGUCUUUGUGGUCAUCUUAACAUACUCAGCUUUUGUUUUUUGAGGAUUCCUUCUUUCUAACAUAUCAGGUUUUUUGUUUUGUUUUUGUUUUUUUUUUUGGACUCAAGACCACCGUUUAUGUGUCAAGUUUCUGUUGAAGCCUUGCAGUCUUGUUCUUGUUCAUUACUACAACUGUGACCACUAUUCCCAUUACCUGUCAAACAUUGCCUGUGUAUUUCUCUUUAGUUAAAGCCAUAUGUUGCACUGAAUCCAAGUGUGUUCUUGUGUUAAAAGGCUCCAUAAAAAAACAUGCACUCCUUACAUUUUCCUUAGUGUUAGGAAAACCACUUUAUGCUAGCUUGAUGUGACAUCUAGGUUUGUAAGUUGGACCGUUCCAUUACUCCUGUAGAUAGUGUAUGACAUUCAGACCAACUGACUGGUGCCUAAUUCACAUUACAUUUCAGAAGUUCACUUCAGCUCAGCUUGGCAGUUGAACAGAAACAAGUCAUGCUGAGGUUUGUGCUCCUCCUCCGCUUUGCCCGUCUUUAAGUGAGCUUACAGCUCAGUCCUUCUUCUCAGCUGUGGUCUGUGUGGGUCAUUACCACUGAACAACUGUACUGAAUUAUGUGUGUAUGCACACGCAUGAUUGUGUGUGUACUAUCUUAGAUGUGUGUGUGUGUGUGUGUGUGUGUCAUUCACUCAUUGUCAUGUACAGCUGUCAUGUAUUUCAUUAACGCUUCUCUGCAUGAGACAGUCUUCCCUUUCUGUUCAUUCCAACCCUCACUGCUUCAGUUCAGUCCUGUUGUUUAUGUUCCCGUGUCUUUUCUUUCUCAUUUGUCCCCUCCUUUUUUAGUCCUCCUCACGAGUGACCUUUCCCUAUUUACUUCCCGUCCAUUCUUUUUCCACCGCUCUCCUUUCUCCCCCCCCAAUCUGUAAGCCAUCGUCCCAUCUUCUAUUCAUACUCUGUCUCCUCUCUUUUCCUCUUCUCCUCCUGCAUCUGUUCCCAUCCCUCUGUUAUCCCCCUGUUGUGCACCCCCUCACUCUGCUUUCUACUUCUCCAUCUUUCUUUCCUUUAAUCUUCCUGUCCCUACUCUGGCUGUCAUCUCCAUCUCUAAUCAACCUCCACCCACCCUCCUGUCUUUCCUACUCUUUUCCUUUCAUCCUUCAGUCCCUCAUCACCCUCGUUUUUUUCCCACUCCUCCAUUACACCUUUAUAUACUCCUCUUAUCCUCUUUCCAUCUCCUCUUAAUUCCAACUCAUUUACCUUUUCUCUUUGUUUUUCUUUAGUUCCUUCCCCAUCCUACUCAUCCUGCAUCACUCUUUCCCUUUCUCCCUCCUCCCUCUGUGCUCUCCUUCCCUGCCCCCUCUCCUAUCUCCCUCCGUCCUCUUGCUUUCUUGUUAGUCUAAUGGAGGCAGAGUAAUUCACUCAGCGGCAAGAUAAUGUGACAGAGCGCUGGCUCAGCCUCUGGCCUGCCAGCCAACAGAAAUGAUGGAUAGAUGGAUGGAAAAUGGAGGUAAAAAGGCAGAGAGAGGAGAGGAGGAGAGCAGAGCCACGGACACGGCAAAAGGAGAGGUGGAGAAAUGAUGGAAAGAUGAAAAGACAGUCAGAGAAAUACACUUACAUAACUAUAGAAAAACUGUAUCUGUGGUUUGCAGCUUCCACAUAUUACACAUGUGGCACUGAUAAUGUGAUAAAGCAUUGAAAUUGAUUUAAUUCAGCUGGUAAUGACAGAAAAUAUUACCAGCUGAAUUGAUGAAUCUUGCCAGGCCUUUACAGGGUACCGCCCAGGAUUUGAUCUUCAAAAUACAGCUGCAUUGGGUUCCAUGAUUUCCCAGUGGCUUAAGUGACAUGGUUAGCUAACAUACAAAUACAAGAAAAAAAAAACAAAUCUCUAAAGGUUUAAUCUUUUGUCCAUAAAGACUGGACUAUUUUAUGUUUUAUUUCAAGACUUUUUGUCAACUUGUUUAUGUUUAGUUUGACAGUAAAAGCUUUUAUCCAGCAGCAUUCACACGUAACAUUAAAAAGAGUAAAAUAUGAUUUCAGUUAUUUCAAAAGUCUAACAAAACAUUUGACUUAAAAACUUCUACUGUGCUGAUGUUUUGGUCUCAUUUUGAUGACUUCAGAACCCUGAAAGUCCUGAAAGAUGAUUUUGUACGUAUCAUAUGUAGGAAUGUAUAUACGAUAUGCACAUCCCCACAUAUCAUAUGUAGGAAUGUACAUAAGAUGAGCAUAAAAGUAGUUAGUGCAUGCAAGUUCCAUAUGUUAGAAGUAUGUUGUUAUGUUGCUGGAGCAAGAUAGUGUACUUCACAAGUUAUAGUCUUGUGUGCAUAACAUCCGUGUUGCUCCUUCAGUAACCUCGUGGAACAAGAUCAUUUAUGUAACAGCUUAACAUGACUCUUAUAUUCUGGACACUCGAAUGACAACUUGUCUAUAUGCUGUGACACAAGUUAUUAUGUUGUGGUAACGUGUAAAAUUCUCUUCACAAGUAUUUUUCUUGUAAGAACAAAACCCCUAUGUUGUGCACACAAAAUGAUAAUAAUAAUAAUAAUAACUGUGCACUUAAGCUAUAAUCUAAUACCUUCUAGAUGUAAAAAUAUAGAAUAAUCUUACAGGACUUUGGGGCUUCUAUUCUGAACAGAAUGCUGCCUUCGCAAUCAAACUUGAGUGUGUGAAUCACUUGUCUGUGUGUGCCUACCACCCUUAACAUCCCAGUGUCUGAGUGUGUGUGUGUGUGCCUGUGUGUGUGUCACUGUACCUUCUGUUAACCUCUUUUAUUUCAGCAGUGGGAGGGAACUGAAUUGGCGCCCUGAUUGGCUGAUGGCUGUCCCAGCAAAAUGUCUCUGUUGGCAUGUGACGCUCCUAUUUAUGGCUCAGCGUUGUUUAGUUUAGCUUUAAAAAGAACUAAAUAUGAAAAAAAAAAGGAUUGUACCUGAUGUCCAAAAUACCUGUGAGGAAUGCAUGUGUGAAAGGCUGUGUGAAUGACAGCCCCUUCAGCUCCUCUCAUCCAAUGGGAGACCCUCUUUAAGCCCCACCUCCUUCCCUUGCCUUCCUAUCAAAUCCUUGUGCAUGUCCUCAAGCCCACUGUCCCCAGUAUAUCCUAAAAAAACAACCUGGACUGUUAUUUUCUGUAAAAUUUGUACUUUUCAACAAAAACUAUUAUCAAAGCAAGUGAUAUAUCUCUAAUGUUAGGUAUGUUUGAUGUUAGCAAUAACAUAAAUACUUCAGUAAAGGAAUAUAUUUGAUAUUUAAAUGCAGUGAAAAUAAUAACGUGAUAAUACAGCGAUGAUGAUGGAUAGAGGUUGUGUUUUAAAAGCAAUAUUAUUCUAAGUAUAAACUACAAAUGAGUGCCAUAAAUAUUUUUCUUGUAUCUUUCUGUUCAUUUGACUUUGUUUCAGUCCUCUGCCUCAUCGUUGUUUGUUCCAGUCACUAGUACUAUAAGUGUUGAAGGCUUCUGUAGCUUCCUAGUAUGUCUCUGUGUAUUAUGAAUGCUGACUUGGUUAAGCUAUAGCAACAGAAAUAAAGACACCCUGCUGCUUCUGUC